GCCCAUAAGUUUACUUGGGUAGGGUUUGGAUCUUUUUAUGUGAAAUUGAUCGAUGAACCCCAAUGCCAGGGUUUUGACUAUUCUUCUGCAGAUUGAUUUAGCCACACCUUUCUCACACAACAAUCUGCUUGUUCCCAAUCCAUUCCUCUUUCGAUUUCGCCAUGGCUGAAGUUGUUCAAGAACCUGUCGUAGUUUCAGAUCCUUCCCUGAUCGAAGUCAAACUCUUUAACCGCUGGAGCUUCGAUGAUAUCCAGGUUUCUGAUGUGUCUCUGGGUGAUUACAUUGGAGUUUCGGCAUCAAAGCAUGCGACAUAUGUUCCACAUACUGCUGGUAGAUACUCAGUGAAAAGGUUUAGGAAAGCUCAGUGUCCCAUUGUUGAGAGGCUUACAAACACUCUCAUGAUGCACGGGAGGAACAACGGAAAAAAGCUUAAGGCGGUUGGAAUCAUUAAGCACGCCAUGGAGAUUAUUCACUUGCUUACUGAUCAGAACCCAAUUCAGGUUAUCGUUGAUGCUGUUAUCAACAGUGGUCCUCGUGAAGAUGCAACCCGAAUUGGUUCUGCUGGAGUUGUGAGAAGACAGGCUGUGGAUAUCUCACCCCUUCGCCGUGUUAAUCAAGCCAUCUAUCUUUUAAUUACCGGAGCACGUGAAGCGGCCUUCAGAAAUAUUAAGACAAUUGCUGAGUGUCUGGCUGAUGAACUUAUUAAUGCAGCAAAAGGUUCUUCCAACAGUUAUGCGAUCAAGAAAAAAGAUGAAAUCGAAAGAGUAGCUAAGGCAAAUCGUUAAGUAGCAUUGGCAGUGGUAUUUUUGACCUCAGAUUUUUUUUUUUCUGCGCUCUACCUUAUUUAAUGAUACUUUAUGCCUUUAGUUUCUUAGCUUUUUGUUUGAGCACAUACUAUGAGUAAUUUUGUUCAUUAAAGAUGAAAUGUUUUUGAAUACCAACCCUUAAUAAAUUGUGAUAUUAAUAAUUUGAAUGAUGGUUAAUGGUAUUUUAGGCCA